AUGUCCAGAAGAAACUACACUGAAGUGACAGAAUUUAUUCUCUUGGGCCUAACAAGCCGCCCAGAGCUGCAAGUUGCUUUCUUCGUGGUGUUCCUUGUGGUCUACAUAGUCACUGUGAUAGGCAACGUGGGCAUGAUUGUGUUAAUCAAAAUUGAUUCUCGGCUCCACACUCCCAUGUACUUCUUUCUCUCAAGUCUGUCUGUUCUAGAUCUGUGUUUCUCCACAAAUGUCACUCCCAAAAUGCUAGAGAAUUUCUUCUCGGAAAAGAAGACCAUCUCCUAUGCAGGUUGCUUGGUGCAGUGCUAUCUGGUCAUCGCCGUGGUCCUCACAGAGCACUGCAUGUUGGCGGUCAUGGCAUAUGACCGCUACGUGGCUAUCUGCACUCCACUGCUCUACGGCAGCAGGAUGUCCAAGAGCGUCUGUGUCCGCCUGGUCAUUGUCCCCUACGUCUAUGGCUCCCUCCUUAGUGUGAUGGAGACCUUGAGGACCUACAGCCUCUCCUUCUGCGGCGCUAAUGAGAUUAACCAUUUCUAUUGUGCCGAUCCUCCCCUCAUCAGGCUGGCGUGUUCUGACACCUACAGCAAGGAGCUGUCGAUGUACAUUGUCGCUGGCUACAGCAACGCGCAGUCCCUGCUGAUCAUCCUCACGUCCUACAUGCUCAUCCUUGUCGCCAUCCUUAGGAGCCGAUCUGCGGAAGGAAGGAAAAGAGCCUUCUCCACAUGUGGCUCCCACCUGACUGUGGUCACAAUCUUCUACGGAACCCUCCUCUGCAUGCACUUGAGACGCCCCACAGAGGAGUCUGUGGAGCAGGGGAAAGUGGUGGCUGUGUUUUACGCCACGGUGAUCCCCAUGCUGAACCCCAUGAUCUACGGCCUCAGGAACAAAGAUGUGAAACAGGCACUGAGAAGAGCGAUGGGGAGGCAAAAAUUGGGGAAAUAA